AUGGGCCUCUCCAGCUCCGUAUGCCCGGAGUGGAAGGCGGAGCAGUGGCCCCAGGCCUUUGCCACCUCACCAUGGAUGGGUCCGCGGACCACGGUGUCCUUCCGCGCGCUUUGGGCUGCCAUUUUCUCGGCACAUGUUAUCUGGAAUUGGUGGGUUCGCGGUAGAGGUGAUGGAGCCUAUCACUUCAUCUUUCUGACUGUGCAGGCGAGCUGGCUGGAGGCCUUUAACCUAACAGUGCAGUGGGUUGUGGCCAUGAUGGGCUUCCCAUACCUGCAGACCAUGCAGAUCUCGCCGCCUGAGCCCUGCCUUGCUCGUUUCUCCAUAGCUCUGAACUCUAUGUCGCAACCUUUGUCAACCGUCGUUGCAGUACUUUUCUGGGUCCUGAUAUACCCGGACUCGGGGGGUGACAUCUGUUACAUGGAUUAUUUCCUACAUGGGAUCAAUUCAGGCCUCUUGCUCCUAAACCUUCUGGUCACCCGCAUUCCCUUCUCGUGCGCUCGCGUUGGCUGGCUUGUCCUUUACCAAAUUCUUUACGUUGGAUGGACGUAUGCCCACUACCGUCUCCGUAUAGGCAUACGGGGAGGAUGUUGGAAUUGCCCUGAAGAUUGGACAAGCCUCGAUGAUUGUGAUGCCGAGUACCCGGCAGACGAGUGUCCCAUCUACGCAACCAUUGACUGGCACCACCCACUAGCUGCAGCGCAGUUAGGAUUUGGUUUGGCUUCUGUUUUGAUCGCGGUGGUUCAAGGAGUGUAUGUUGGGCUGGUGACCUGCAGAGAUGCCAACGACAAGAAGCUGGACCUCUGGAUGGCUGAGUCGCGAGAAAUGCCUGAGUUUAUGCCCCUGGAGUAUUUCACCAGAGAGGACGCUCCAAAUUGCGCGUGUUGGAAAUGCGCGUGA